GAGGCGGGAGCAGCAGCGGGAGCCGCGCGGAGCUCGCCGGCCGCCUGCGCGUCCUCCGCCCGGGGGCCUGCCAGCGCCCGAGCCCGGCGGCGGCGGCGGCCGAGGAAGCAGAGGCGCCCGGCGCGGCCGCGCCAUGUCCGGCAGGGUCGAGAAAGCAGACUCUCAGCGUUCCCAUCUCUCUUCUUUCACCAUGAAGUUGAAGGACAAGUUCCAUUCACCCAAAAUAAAAAGGACGCCAUCUAAGAAAGGGAAACAGCCUGAUGUAGUGGUGAAAUCACCUGAGAAGGUCAUGAACAAGAACUUGACUUGGCUGGAAGAGAAGGAGAAGGACGUAGUGAGCGCCCUACGCUAUUUUAAGACCAUUGUGGACAAAAUGGCAAUUGAUAACAAGGUGUUGGAAAUGUUGCCCGGGUCCGCAAGUAAAGUCCUGGAAGCCAUUUUGCCCCUGGUUCAGACGGACCCACGGAUUCAGCAGAGUUCUGCCAUCACUUCCUGUUACAGCCGAGUGUAUCAGAGCCUGGGAAAUUUGAUUCGCUGGUCCGAUCAGGUGAUGCUCGAAGGCAUCAACUCUGAAGACAAAGAAGUGGUGAACACGGUCAAAGGGGUUAUCAAGGCCGUUCUGGAUGGAGUUAAGGAGCUGGUCAAGCUCACGACUGAGAAGCAAGAGCACCCAUCACCCACAAGCCCAGUCAAGCCCAGUUUACCUGUGUGUACAGCAGAUAGCCAGCUGGAGCUUCCCUUGACGGAUCGUGAGAUGGAGAUUCUCAACAAGACAGCAGGGAUGACUCAGGCAGCAGAAGUGUCGGUGGAUGCCACAGACGAAGAGAUUGCCCCACCUAAGCCACCCCUUCCUUGCAUUCGGGUCGCUGAAAACAGCCUCCCUCCUGCCUUGCCACCUAAGAAACGUCAGUCGGCGCCAUCUCCCACGCGAGUGGCUAUCGUAGCCCCCAUGAGCCGGACAACCAGUGGCUCCAGUUUACCAAUUGGAAUCAACAAACAGGAUUUUGAGAACGAUUGCUAUCCCCAGCGGAGGCUGUCGGGGGGCAGCCAGUCGUAUGGAGGGGAAUCCCCUCGCCUCUCGCCGUACAGCAGUAUGGGGAAGCUCAGCAAAUCCGACGAACAACUUUCCUCACUGGAUUGUGACAGCGGACAGUGCUCCCACAACACAAGCUGUGAAACGUUAGAUCAUUAUGAUCCUGAUUAUGAGUUCUUGCAGCAGGACCUCUCAAACGCUGACCAGAUCCCCCAGCCAGGACUUGGCAUGCUCAGCCCUUUGCCGGAGUGCCUGCGGGAAUCCACCUCCCCGUUUCUCGGACACUCUUUCCAGCUUCCGGAGCAUUGUAUCUCCUCAACAGCUGCACCAGCUGCUGAGAUCCCACCAGCCCUCCCUGAGAAGAAGAGGAGGGGAACAGCAGCCUCCACUUUUGACGUCCCCAGCUGUCGGGUCCUCCUAGAGAGGCAUCCUUCGCAAUACGACAACAUUUCGGAGGAGGACUUACACAUCCCCCCUGUCUUGCCUUGGGUGUUCACGCCUUUUGCCGCCGUGCUGCCCUAUCAGCCUGGGAAACCACCACCCCCUGUUGAAUUCCUCACGGAUUUCGCCAGUCCCAAUGCUGCCUGCGAAUCCGAGGAGCCCCCUCCCCUGCCGGAGAAAAAGAACAAACACAUGUUGGCCUAUAUGCAGUUUGUAGAAGACUACUCUGAACCACAACCUUCCAUGUUUUACCAAACACCGCAGAAUGAACACAUCUACCAGCAGAAGAAUAAGCACCUGAUGGAGGUGUAUGGAUUCAAUGACUCCUUCAGCAGCGCAGACUCUGGCCAGGAUCUGGCCCCACCUCCUGCCCUCCCACCAAAACAAAGGCAGCUGCAGGCAUCUUUUGCUGCUUCCUUCUCUUCUGUCUCCUACUGUGUCCAGACAUCUAAAGGGCCUCCGGCCUCCGAGGAGGUCGGCACGGCUCAAGGCCUCAGCGUGUCCGUCUCUAAUUCCUUCCUCCACCAGAAUAGCUCCUUUCCCGCGCACUCGUACAAAUCAGUCUUCAGGUCUUUCUCCCAAGACUUCGUGCCUCGUGGCCAAGUUUCCAUCGCUCCCUUUCUUGCCUCUACCUCUGCCACUUCCUCCCCUCCUCAGCCUUUCCCACCUGCCCACCAGUCUCAGAACUCCGACCCAGCGGCAGGGCCAGCCAUGGCUGGCCGGCCCCUCGGCACCGUGGAGCGUCCUCCUCCUCCUCCCUUUUCUUCUUCUUCUCAACACAGCAGCACAAACAAAACGGCUUCUGUCUGCCUUCCUUCUGAGCCCUUUUUCACUGAUUCUCUCCAGAAGUCUUCGAGUGACAACGUUGGCGAGGCGCCAGGGGAGGGUGACUACGUCAAUCUUUAUUCCUCGGGUCAAAGCAAUGGGGAAGUUCUCCCCCCCUACUCUGAAGGAGAAUCUCCCGUAAUUAAGGAUGACCACGCAAAAGAUUCUGCAUCUCUGAGUGGGACCCCAGGGAAGGAAAACCACGAGAAUGAAAGACCACACAAGUCACUCGAAUCUUUGGAAAACCCUCAGAUGGAGGAGGAAGUUGAUGAGUUGUCCCUAGUUAACCACAACGAAAUCAUGUCCAGGCUGACGUUGAAGCAGGAGGGCGACGACGGCCCGGACGUGCGUGGUGGGUCAGGAGACAUCCUUUUGGUGCACGCGACUGAGACAGCCACUGUGGAGGGGACGGUGAAAGACCUGGUGCUGUACUGUGAAGCCUUCUUGACAACAUACCGAACUUUCAUUUCCCCGGAAGAGCUCAUAAAAAAACUACAACACCGAUAUGAAAAAUUCUGUCAUUGUCCAGACAACAAUAAGAAGCGAGUCAGCAAGAACACAUUUUUCGUCCUGGUGCGGGUGGUAGAUGAAUUGUGUUUGGUAGAGCUGACCGAAGAGAUCCUGAAGCUGCUGAUGGAGCUGGUCUUCCGUCUGGUCUGCAACGGGGAGCUCAGCCUCGCCCGCGUCUUGCGCAAAAACAUCCUUGACAAAGUCGACCAGAGGAAGAUGCUGCGUUACGCCAACUCAAUCAAGCCUUUGGCUGCUCGAUGGGUGGCAGCCAGGCCUGGCACCCUCCAUGAUUUUCACAGCCAUGAGAUCUCAGAGCAGCUAACUCUUCUGGAUGCAGAGCUGUUUUAUAAGAUCGAGAUCCCUGAAGUUUUACUUUGGGCGAAAGAGCAGAACGAGGAAAAGAGUCCCAACUUGACGCAGUUCACCGAGCACUUUAAUAAUAUGUCUUACUGGGUCCGUUCCAUAAUCAUGCAGCAGGAAAAGUCACAAGAUCGAGAAAGGCUGCUGCUGAAGUUUAUCAAAGUCAUGAAGCACUUACGGAAACUCAACAACUUCAACUCCUACUUGGCCAUCCUCUCUGCGCUGGAUUCGGCCCCCAUUCGGCGCCUUGAGUGGCAGAAACAGACCUCGGAGGGCUUGGCUGAGUAUUGCACCCUGAUUGACAGUUCAUCCUCCUUCCGGGCUUACAGGGCUGCUCUGUCUGACGUGGAACCCCCUUGUAUUCCUUACUUGGGCCUGAUCCUACAGGACCUGACCUUUGUGCACCUGGGAAACCCCGACUACAUUGAUGGCAAAGUCAACUUUUCCAAGCGAUGGCAGCAGUUCAACAUCCUGGACAACAUGAGACGCUUCCAGCAAGUGCAUUACGACAUCAAACGUAACGAUGACAUCAUUUCGUUCUUCAACGAUUUCAGCGACCAUCUGGCUGAGGAGGCCUUGUGGGAACUGUCGCUCAAAAUCAAACCCCGAAACAUCACGCGGCGAAAGACAGACCGGGAAGAGAAGACUUAGAGCGGGGCGGGGAGCAGCGAGGCCGUGGUCAUCAAAUUGGGCAGAGCCCCAAGCCUUGGCAUCUCGGACCAGAUCUCUGUCACCUCCUGAGAUGGUGGUGGGAGAAUCUCCAAGCCCCCCGAUCUUUUUCCCUAGCUGCUGGGCCGUCGUACAUCAGAUUGGAAAGAGAGGGGGGGAAGAACCGAACCGGUGGCUUUCCGCUUUGCCAGAUGCCAAGUUUUACUUGCGCGCGGGGUGGGAAAGAAAGAGGGAACCAUCCAGCCUACGUUUUUGCACACUCCUACGUGGAGGACAGAGGUGCCAGCCAAGAUCUCUCACACCAUGCCAGGGCGUAACCAGCCAGGAUGGGUUUGGUCAAGGGUGUUUCCUGAUGACCGCUCCAAGGAGAACCAUCUCAGAUGCUUCUGCUCUAUGAGAAAAUCUGGGAAAGGCAGAAGCAGGGAGGCUGGGAGGGGUGGAGAUAAACCCUGGUUCCCCGCCUUCCCUGGCAGGGUUUGCGUUGACACAGCAACGUCGGAUGAAGUCGGUCACCUCAAGCCCUUACGGAGAGGGACAAUAGAAGUCGGACCGUUCUUCUCUCAAUCUCUUCCAUACACUUGGAACACUUCCUUCAAUCCGGGACUCUGGCAUCGUCUCUUAACUCCCCACUCCAUCCCACCUUCCUGAUUUUCACCGUGGGAAUGGGAAACUUCUAACUUAGUGAUGGUACUAGCUUGUAAUGCAGUAAAUAUGUAGAGAAAAAAACCCCAGCCGCCUGUACCUACGGGAUUCUAGGACCACUCCAUUUUUGUCUGGACGUGCAUGUUUUGAUUGCCCGUGGAUUUUUUCUCCCCCUCUUUUGGGCUGUUUGUCAUUUUGUUUGGGUUGGUUAUUAUUAUUAUUUUGUUUUGGCAA